AUGGAGAAACGUACGGAAGAAAUUAAACACCUCCGUAAGCAGACCCAAGAGCGAGCCAGUAAGACCCACUCUUCUGCUGAGUAUACGCCAUCAGGUUCAAGGUAUAAGAGCGAUGAGGAAAAGAUGAUGGAACGCAUUGGGGCCUUGGUUGAGAGUAAGCUGGCUGCUUUUGAGUCCAGAUUAUUCCCAGGUGCCACGCAUCGUCAGCCAUUGGGAACGAUGACUAUAGCAACUACUGAGUCGGUGCAGUCGCUGUCCAAAUCAGCGAAACCUAAGCGGAAGAGGAAAAGGGCCUUUCAGCCGUCGGUACUGGAUUUGCCCCUAGUAACUAGUAAC